AUGGAUUCAGAUGGUGAAUAUGUCGAGGACCGCAGCGACGAUGACAUUGCCGACCACCAGGUGACGAGCGGCGGCAACCCCCACGAAACUCGAGCCGUCACACAGCGCCAGUCCAGACAUGACAGAGGCAAGAGGAAAGGCGACAGGCACAAGGGCGGUGGCAGGUCCAAGGCGGCAUGGGAGGAUAUCCAGAGGAGCUGGGACACCGUCCUCGAGGGCGCCGACGGCAGCCUGGCGGUCGGCGACCUGCUCGAGGCCGAGAAGAGGAAGCGGCUGCUGCGCGAUACGACGCCGCUGCAACGCGGCAUCAUCCGCCACCUAAUGCUGGUGCUGGACAUGUCGUUUGCCAUGGCCGAGAAGGAUCUACUGCCCAACCGGUACACGCUCACGAUGCACUACGCGGUGGACUUUGUGCGCGAGUAUUUCGAGCAGAAUCCCAUCUCGCAGCUAGGGAUAAUAGCGAUGCGGGAGGGCAUUGCGGUUAGGAUAAGCGACAUGAGCGGCAACCCGACAGAGCAUAUCGAGCGUCUGAGAGAGUGGGAGACAAAAGAGGAGCCAAACGGGAACCCCAGCUUGCAGAAUGCGCUGGAGAUGUGCCGUGGCGCGUUAUUUCACGCUCCCUCACAUGGUACUCGAGAAGUACUCAUUAUCUACGGAGCUCUUCUAUCGAGUGACCCAGGCGAUAUCCACGACACCAUCUCCAAUCUGAUCGCCGACCGCAUCCGAGUCUCGAUUGUCGGGCUCGCCGCACAAGUAGCCAUUUGCGCAGAGCUCUGCUCCAAGACCAACGCGGGCGACGACAGCUCGUACUCCAUAACAGAAAAUGAAACACACUUCCACGACCUCUUCCUCGCCGCCACCACGCCACCCGUCACCCGCACACGAGAGCAGAGCAAGGCCUCGCUCUUGAUGAUGGGCUUCCCCAGCCGGACGCUGGCCGCCGGCGCAGCCGACAGUAUAUCCGCCUGCGCGUGCCACAACAAGCCGACGAGAGAAGGCUAUCUAUGCACGCGGUGCCAGACGAAGGUCUGCCGUCUGCCCGCUGAGUGUCCCGCCUGUGGCCUCACGCUCAUUCUCUCCACGCACUUGGCGCGGUCAUAUCACCACCUGUUCCCCUUGCGCAACUGGGUGGAAGUGUCUUGGGCAGAGGCCGUGAAAUCAAAGGCUUGCUAUGCAUGCCUGUCGCCUUUUCCGGAGGUGACAAAGGCAAGACUGAAGGGCAAGGGAAAGGCGCCAGCCAUCAUGCCAGGGACUUCAGAUGCCGCGGCCGCCGCCAAACCGAAAGCGGCCGAGCCGGUAAAAGGGGUCAGUGAGAGUGGGCGAUACGGGUGCGAGGUGUGUGGCAAUCACUUCUGCAUCGACUGCGAUGUAUUUGCACACGAAGUCGUUCACAACUGUCCCGGCUGCCAAAGCGAUACGAGAGGCGCGGCUCAGCUAGCGGCGGAGAUGAACGGCAAUGGCCAUGCGAACGGGGACAUGGACAUAGACUCAUGA